UUUAAGUCUCUGCUUCCUGACCUGCUCUCACUCUUGAUGUACAUGAGGUCAAACACAGACGCAUAGUCUCAGUUUCACUUUAGUUCAUUCUAUAGCAUUAAGCUGGCAUAUAGACUGAAAGUCUGAGCCUGAGGGCACACAGGAAGCAAUGGCAUCAGAAGACAAUGAAGCAACUCCAUUAUUACUGAAUAAUCAGAAUACACAGGGACAAAUAAGAAAUGGCCGGCUCUAUCUUGCAGCCUUUUCAGCUGUUUUGGGCAGUUUUAUUUUUGGAUAUGCCAUGGUGUUUCCCUCCGCGGUAAUUCCACAGCUCCAGGAGGAUGAUGAUCCACGUCUGCGCAUGAAUGUUCAGCAGAUUUCCUGGUUUGGGUCUGUUUUUGCGAUUGGAGUUAUAGUAGGAGGGUUGAGUACCAUGUGGCUUAAUGACAAAAUUGGGAGGAAACACAGCAUCAUGAUAUCUGUAAUUCCCUUCUUGGUGGGGUUUCUCGUGAUGGCAGCAGCGCUGGAAUGGUGGUGGCUUCUCCUGGGCAGAUUGUUCACAGGCAUCGCUUCUGGCAUUACAGCCAGCUCCAUUCCUGUCUAUGUGUCAGAGAUUUCACAUCCAGGUGUCAGAGGAUUCCUGGGAUCCAGUCCUCAGAUCACGAUUGUCAUUGGAAGUCUGGCACUCUAUGCUCUCGGCUUGAUUCUGCCGUGGCGGUGGCUGGCUGUAGCUGGGGAAGUUCCUGUUCUGAUUAUGCUAUUCCUCUUGUGCUUCAUGCCUAACUCUCCACGUUACCUCAUCACCAACAACAAACGGGACGAGGCCUCCAGAGCCCUCCAAUGGCUCAGGGGCCCUGAUUCAAACUACAUCACUGAACUAAACCAAAUUCAGCACAGUGUCGAUUCCCAGGUUGGAAUGCAGUGGUCAGAUCUUAAGAAUCCAUUCUACUACAAGCCGAUCUUGAUCUCUGUGUUUAUGAGAUUCCUGCAACAGAUGACAGGUAUUACACCCAUCUUGGUUUAUCUGGAGCCUAUCUUUGAGAAAACAGUUGAUUUACUGGAUCCCAAGUAUGAUGCAGCCAUAGUGGGAUUUGUUAGACUGUUCACUGUCACGAUCGCAGCCUGUUUAAUGGACAAAGCUGGCAGGAAAUCUCUGCUCUACGCAUCAGCAUUUAUAAUGUACCUGGCCAUGCUGACAGUGACCAUGUACACCCACAAAACAUCAUGUGAUUCUGGGAAUGUAACUGUUGGAGUCCUGUCAGCAAAAGAGCCAUUUGGAGUCAUGAUUGGUAGUGGGUUAAGCUCUGGCACACUUAUCCCCCUCUUCAGCAUCAUCUUUAUAGUAGUUGGUUAUACAAUAGGCUGGGGUCCGAUCGCAUGGCUGCUGAUGUCGGAGAUCUUGCCGAUGAAAGUGCGCGGCGUUGCUUCAGGCGUGUGUGUGGUGGUCGGCUACAUCACUGCUUUUGUGCUGACACAAUUCUUCAUGCUAGCAGUGGAUGCAUAUGGACUCUUUGCACCAUUUCUGUUCUUCAGUGUAAUCUGCUUGGUGAAUAUCAUAUUCACAGCCAAGUGUGUGCCUGAAACAAAAGGGAGAACACUGGAGGAAAUUGAGAACUAUUUCAGAACUGGACGCACCUUCACCAUUGCUGAGAGUUAGUAGUUAAAGAUUUAAUGGCUAAAUUGUAAAAGGAGAAACAAUGAUGUUUGGUUCAGUUCUGUGUAAUUUUCCUAUAAUAAAUAAACAGUAAAUCUUUCUUUC